CACAGCCCCGCCUCCUCGUUUCCAUGCAUUGGCGCGCUUCACCGUGGCCGCUCGGCUCCGCUGCUCUGCUGCUCCGCUGCUCCCGUGUCCUGGUGCUGCAGCUGGUGGCGGACUGACUGACUCUGAAGCGGGGCUGCUGUAAUACAGACGGCAUGAUGGCGGCGGGUAGCUCUCGCUCCGGUUCGGCCUCAGGCCCGGUCCAACAAGGGCUGAAAGAGGCGCUUAUUGAGACACUGACGGCCAUCCUCUCCCCAGUGCAAGAAGUGCGCGCUGCCGCGGAGGAGCAGAUCAAAGUGCUGGAAGUGACAGAGGAAUUUGGUGUCCAUUUGGCUGAACUCACUGUAGACACCCAAGGAGCACUAGCUAUCCGUCAGUUGGCUUCUGUCAUCCUAAAGCAGUAUGUUGAAACGCACUGGUGUUCACAGUCAGAAAAAUUCAGACCCCCAGAAACUACAGAUCAGGCUAAAGCAGCCAUUCGAGAGUUGCUACCCAGUGGUCUCCGUGAGUCCAUCAGUAAAGUACGCUCCAGUGUGGCCUACGCUGUGUCUGCCAUCGCUCACUGGGACUGGCCUGAAGCCUGGCCACAGCUCUUUACUUUGCUCAUGGACAUGUUAAUCAGUGGAAACGUUAACACUGUCCACGGGGCCAUGAGGGUCCUCACAGAGUUCACACGAGAGGUCACAGACACACAGAUGCCUUUGGUGGCUCCAGUCAUUUUACCUGAAAUGUACAAGAUUUUCACUAUGGCUGAGGUGUACAGUAUCAGGACGCGUUCAAGAGCUGUGGAGAUUUUCACUACCUGUGCCAACCUCAUCUGUGCGAUUGAGGAACUUGAAAAGGGUGCAGCCAAAGCAUUGAUAUUCCCUGUGGUGCAGCAAUUCACAGAAGCCUUUGUGCAGGCUUUGCAAAUGCCUGAUGGACCUUCCUCUGACAGUGGUCUGAAAAUGGAGGUCCUCAAGGCCGUGACGGCGUUGGUGAAAAACUUCCCUAAACCUAUGGUGUCAUCCAUGCAGCAGAUUCUACCAAUAGUGUGGAACACAUUGACUGAAAGUGCAGCUUUUUAUGUCAGAACAGAGGUAAAUUACACAGAGGAAGUGGAUGACCCAGUGGAUUCAGAUGGUGAGGUUUUAGGCUUUGAGAACCUGGUCUUCAGUAUCUUUGAGUUUGUCCACACACUCCUGGAGAACAGCAAGUUCAAGAGCACCGUGAAGAAGGCCCUGCCAGAGCUUAUCUAUUACAUCAUCCUCUACAUGCAGAUCACAGAAGAUCAGAUUAAAGUGUGGACUGCCAACCCUCAGCAGUUUGUGGAGGAUGAAGAUGAUGACACCUUCUCCUACACAGUCAGGAUCUCUGCUCAGGACCUGCUGCUGGCUGUAGCUGCAGAAUUUCAGAACGAAAGUGCAGCAGCUCUGGCAGCCGCAGCUACUAGACACCUCCAAGAGGCAGAACAGGCCAAAAACAAUGGCAACGAGCACUGGUGGAAGAUCCAUGAAGCCUGUAUGCUGGCACUUGGCUCAGUCAAAACGAUAAUCACAGAAAAUGUCAAGAAUGGUCGUAUUCAGUUUGAUAUGCAUGGCUUUCUGGCUGGUGUCAUUUUGGCUGAUCUUAACCUCGCUGCAGCGUCUCCCUUCCUCCUCGGUCGUGCUCUGUGGGCAGCCAGCCGCUUCACAGCCGCCAUGUCUCCAGAGCUCAUUCAGCAGUUCCUCCAGGCCACAGUGAGCGGCCUCCAUGACAGCCAGCCCCCCUCUGUGCGCAUCUCUGCAGUUAGGGCCAUCUGGGGAUACUGUGAUCAGCUGAAGCUCUCUGAGAGCACUCAAGUCUUGCAGCCCUUCCUGCCCAGUGUCCUGGAGGGCCUGGUGCAGCUGGCCGCUCAGUUCAGCUCUGAGGUGCUCACCCUUGUCAUGGAAACACUGUGUAUCGUCUGUACUGUGGACCCCGCCUUUACCACCAGUGCAGAGAACAAGAUCUGCCCACUCACCAUUGCCAUCUUUCUUAAAUACAACAAUGACCCAGUGGUGGCGUCUUUGGUCACAGACAUCUUUAAGGAGUUGGCACAGAUUGAAGGAUGUCAGGGCCCAAUGCAGAUGCGCCUCAUCCCCACAUUAAUCAGCAUCAUGCAGACCCCUUCUGACAAGAUCCCCACUGGACUUUGUGCUACUUCUAUAGAUAUUCUGACUACAGUCGUGAGAAACAGUAAGCCCCCAUUAUCAGAAAUGCUUGUCUGCCAAGCUUUUCCUGUGGUUGCCCAGUGCACUUUACGCACAGAUGAUAAUGCUAUAAUGCAGAAUGGUGGUGAGUGUUUGCGAGCCUAUGUGUCAGUGGCUCUGGAGCAGAUCGCGCAGUGGAGAGACGAACAAGGGAACAGUGGACUCUGGUACGUGAUGCAGGUGGUCAACCAGCUGCUGGACCCCCGUACCUCAGAGUUCACCGCUGCCUUUGUGGGACGCUUGGUGUCCACUCUGAUCUCUCGGGCUGGGACAGAACUUGGGGAACAGCUGGACCAGAUCCUCCGGGCAAUCCUUAGCAAAAUGCAACAAGCAGAAACGCUCAGUGUGAUGCAGUCUCUGAUCAUGGUGUUUGCUCACCUGGUCCACUCUCAGCUGGAGCCGCUGCUGGAGUUUUUGUGCAGUUUACCAGGGCCAACAGGAAAACCAGCUCUGGAGUUUGUCAUGACAGAGUGGAUGAGUCGGCAGCACCUUUUCUAUGGACAGUACGAAGGAAAAGUCAGUACGGUUGCAUUGUGUAAGCUGUUACAACAUGGUCUGAACACAGAGGAUAAACGGCUCCACGACAUUGUUGUCAAAGGAGAAGAAAUCUAUGCCCCUGAAGAAGGAAUACGCACUCGCUCCAAAUCAGCAAAAAACCCCGAGAGAUGGACCAACAUUCCAUUGUUGGUUAAGAUCUUCAAACUUAUUAUCAACGAGCUGGCCACAGUGGUUGAGUCAAAUGCCUGCAGAGCAAAUGCAGCAGACUGGAGUCAAGAUUCAAGUGGGAUGUGGGAGGAUGAGGAAGAGGAAGGGGAUGAUGACGAAGAGGAGGAUGAAGGACUGGCGGGACAACUACUUUCUGAUAUCAUCGCCUCAAACAAAUAUGAUGAUGACUUUUAUGAAGAUGAUGAAGAGGAUGAUCCAGAUGCUUUAAAAGAUCCUAUUAAUCACAUUGACCUUCAGGCUUACUUAACAGACUUCCUGACGCAGUUCGCACAGCAACCUUGUUACAGCAUGUUUUCAGGCCAUCUCAACAACAACGAGCGGCAAACUCUGCAGUCAAUAGGACUUUAGCCCUGCCUCAAACUACUCCUGAUCAUUGUCAAACCUCUUGUGGCCCCAUCACUCAAAUAUGAAUUUCUAAUGCUUGGAGUGGAAGGGCUUCGUGAAGACAGGGUUGGAGAUUUAAGGACUUGCACUUAUCCAUUACCUCUGUUUCUCCCUGUUUGUGAUGGGAUGAAGCACUUCGCAAAUAUUCAAGAGGAUAUGCAUUGAAAGACAUUGGAGGAGAUUCCAAUGAAGGCUAUUUUGGGUUGGUAAUCUCUUCAACACUUAAAAGUGAAGCUGAUACUCAACAAAGGGAGGGUUGCUGAGUAAAUUAUGAAACACAAACUUUUACUCCUUUGUUCUAUUUGUAAUUAAACCUAUUGUCUUUGUGUUUCUGUAAACAUGGAGUGAAACUAAAGACAGUCUUUGAUUAGAGGGAAAUCUUCCUGAUGUUUGAGUACACAUUUCAGAGGCCUUAUAUUCCAGCAAACAUUGACUGUUUCUCGUUGUAAAUGAAAGCUCUUAGACCUGCCAUCAUAUCAAGGGGAGAUGGUGGCUAUUUGGGAAUUCACUGUUACCACAGUGAUCGCAGCAUUGUCAUUUCCCGUUUCCAAUUCAGAUGCUGGACAGUUCUAAAUAAAAGUCCCUUAUGGAAAAUA